CUACAAACCCCAUGAUGCUCUGCAUCCGGAAAAAAUAAGUAAAUGUCUCAGUCAGCUGACUUGUAUUGAGAAGUUUUUUAUCGUUAUUUUAGCUUCAUUCAUUCUGCACUGGUGAAGCGCUAUGUUGCGACCAAAAGCAUUAACACAGGUUCUCAGUCAGGCGAACACAAACGGAGUCCAAAGCACACUCUUACUAAAUAAUGAAGGCUCACUUCUGGCCUACUCUGGCUAUGGGGACACUGAUGCACGAGUGACCGCCGCCAUAGCAAGCAACAUCUGGGCAGCCUACGACAAGAAUGGCCACCAAGCCUUCAAUGAAGACAAACUCAAGUUUAUACUUAUGGACUGUAUGGAGGGAAGAGUAGCCAUUACCCGUGUAGCCAACCUACUACUGUGCAUGUAUGCCAAGGAGACAGUGGGAUUUGGGAUGCUCAAAGCCAAGGCAGAGGCACUGGUCCUGUACUUGGAGGAGCCCCUCACACAAGUAGCUGCGUCAUAAUGAAGAAUAGUGUGGGCUUCAGCCCGACUGCAGGGG